AUCAUUAGUGGACGAAGCACGUCUCACAGGCACUAGCAAGUUCAUGUAAACUACAUACAAACCCCACAGAAAUGGCCUCAGACGAUGCUUUUAAAGUGUCUUCCGUGAAGGGGAAAGUGACCCUGAUAACGGGUGCCAGCUCAGGCAUUGGGGCAGGUACGAGCGUCCUGUUCGCCAAACUCGGAGCCCUGCUGGCUCUCAACGGCCGCGACGUGGAAAACCUCAACAAAGUAGCCAAACAGUGCACCGACUGUGGAGCUGCAGAGCCUUUGCUGGUUCCUGGAGACCUGACUGAUGAGGAGAUAGUAAGGAAGACAGUGGAGAAAACCAUCGCUCACUUCGGCCGGCUGGAUGUCCUGGUGAACAGCGCCGGUAUCCUGGCCAUGGGCAGCAUCGAGACGACAGACCUAGCCCAGUAUGACAAGGUCAUGAACGUCAAUGUCAGAUCUGUAUAUCAUCUGACUCAACUUUGUGUGCCCCAUUUGAUCAAGACCAAAGGCUCCAUCGUCAACGUAUCCAGCGUUAAUGGACAGAGAUCAUUCCCUGGUGUGCUGGCCUAUUGCAUGUCCAAGUCUGCCAUUGACCAGUUCACACGCUGUAUAGCACUUGAGCUGGCAUCAAAACAAGUCAGAGUUAACUCUGUCUGCCCGGGUGUGAUCAUCACAGAUGUCCACAAGAGAGCAGGACUGGAUGAGGAGCAGUACGCUCAGUUUCUUGCGAAGUGUAAGCAGACCCAUGCCCUCGGUCGACCAGGUGAAGUGGAGGAAGUGGCCCACAGCAUCGCCUUCCUGGCGUCCGACGCUGCCAGCUUCAUUACUGGAGUCAACCUUCCUAUUGAUGGAGGUCGCCAUGCCAUGUGCCCAAGAUAAGACCAUGUAUUUUAACAUAGAGUCUGCUAAUAUAGUGCUUUCAAACUCAAAGUCUGUUUGUGUUUUUGUAUCCAAUAAGACUGCAGUUGACACUGAGGAGAAAAGUUGCAGAGAAAAAAAACCAAGGCAUUACUUCAAGGACACAAUUUUUCUCUGUGUUUACAAUGGCAUUAGCUGUCAGGAUUUGACUUCCAGGUGUGAAAUGAACAGAAGGAAGCGAAAAUGCACUGUCACAAGUAGGCAGUUUAAAUGCAUUUUAUUAUCUCGCUUUGCUAUGAAGUUUUCUUUGAUGCCAAAAAAUUGAAAGCUGCUUAUCAUCAAAGGUUUCAGACAUUUAUUAAAUUACCUGUUAAGUCAUGAGACUGCAUUCGCGCAGAAUAAAAUGUCUGUUCAGACCAAACACUGUAAGCCCAUGUACUGUGGUAGCUUUAAUGUUGUGUAUUGUAAGAAAUCCUCUGAGUUUAUAGAUUGGUGGGACCAACCAUAAUUGCUGCACAUUUUAGUGACAAAUGCAUCAACAGUAAAUGAUAAGGCUGGCAGUGUCCUAAAAUACAGUUGAUUGUCUAGGACAGUUAUUAAAAAAAACCCAAAAGAAACAAAAACUUGUACAAACUGUAGAAUCUUUAAAGCUCCAAAUAACCAAAAAUGUGUUAAAACAUGACCUUGAUGACCUUGAACUGGAAACCUAAUCAGAAUUUAAAUAAUAUUUAAAUAGAAUCCACUGUAGAUAAAAGUUGCAUAAUUAUACAUUUAGUGUUUGACAAAUAAAAAAAAUUAACUUAUAGUGUCAGACAUACAAAGAAUAUUGAAAAUGUUAAAAUACUACCUUGAAAAUAUAAUUUAAUGAAUUUGGCCUGUGUGUAUAUUUUACAAUCUUCCCUUCUUUUUGUGUAAAGCACAGACAUUGCUUUGCUGAGAGCUGACAAGAGUUUAUCAUACGAGUGUCAACUGUUGCAGCACCAGGUGUCACCUCUGUGUCAUCCCAGAUUAUAUCAGGUAACGACUUAUUUGCUGUGAGAUGAGAGGUGCAGUACGAGGUAGCAUCUUGACACACUUUUCUUGGUUCACACUGUGGAAACCUUGGCUCCACCUUAACAUUGAAAGCACCACACAGCAGUUGUUUGUGUGAAGAUAUCUGUAUAAAAUGUGGGGUCUCUCAGCGCUGGACAGUUAGUAGAGGCUCAAAAAGACUUACCUGGUGGCAGUAUGCCUGUGUGUCUGAGGCACACCGUAUACCUGAAUGAGUGAUAUGAUGUUGAUACUGUAUAUGCCUAAAGGCUGUGGAACAAUAACUAUUGCACUUUAUAUUACAAUAUACAGUACAUAUACAUGUAUAAAUAAUACUUUAACAUUAAAAUAGGAAUUAUUGCAUUUGAAGGUGUAACUGUUCCAUAUUUCUGUACAGAUCUCUUGAAAUCUUUUUAGGUUCUUGAAAAACUGGGUAUAAGACCGUAAAGAAAAUAUGAUACAACAUGGUCCAAGAGAUGACAGAAAUGAGACGCUGAUAUUACUUCCGAAAGGGGCAUUCAGAUCUUGUAUCACACAAACAAGUCUCUGAAAAAGGAGCUUAUUGUCGUUUUCCAUAGGCUGAUUAGUGCCAGAAGUCCUGUUUCUGCAUUUCCAAUGGGUCCUCUUUCUCUGGGGUCCCGUCCUGUUUCUGCAGUCCAAGCAUAUUUUUUAGAGAGAGAAUGGGGGUUUGAACAACUAGUCUCCCCCUGCCCCCCCCCCCCCCCCCCCAUCCACCCUCCCCCAUGCAGUCACUCCUGAAAGGAGUAUUCCUGGCCCCACCACAGGGCCCUAUAAGAAGCACA